CUUCUCAUCAGUAACGCAUCAGGCUCCAUCAGACUCCCCAUGUAACCACGGCAACCCCCCCUGCAGGACUGGAGGCAGAGCAGCGAGCUGCAGAGGCUGAAGGAAAAACUUACAGAAACUAAGCUGGAAGUGAGAGAGAAAGAGCACAAUCUGAGGACUAUGGAAAAGUUACGAGAGAUGGAGAGAACUGAAGCUCAAACUAAGAUUUCUGCUCUGGAGCAAAAGCUUCUGAUAAACAGUGGAAAUGUUUGGACAGAUGCUUCAGACCAUGACUCCAUACACAUGCAGCAGGAUGAAAGCAGAAAAAGAUCAGAUGAGACCCAGCAGAUGAAUCCUCUGAUGCUUCAUAAAUAUCAACCUCAAAGGCAGCAGUUUCCCCCAGCUAAAGAUGGGAAACUCCUUUUUGAAGACAAGAAGAAAAAAAACAUCUGUCCUUUUAAUCCUGAGGUGGAGCAGCAAAGAAGGCUGGUCACUGAGCAGUUGAAGAGCUUGUUUAAGGAGCGAGAAGGAAAAGAGGCAAAGGAAACAGCAGCCGCUCAAAGUGGAUCCCUCACACCUCAGGACUGGACCGCCUCAUCUUUAAUUGAACGGGCCGCUGCAGACAGGAAAAACUGGCAGCAGGGUUCAGCUUUAAUGCCGCUGUUGGAGGAAGAUGAAGAGAACUGGUAGAAGAAGAGGAAGCAGAACGGGAAACUCAUCCUUAGUUUAAAAAUUCUUGGAUUUAAAGCAGCCCACACUGAAAACUGCAGCGAUUAACCUGCAGUGGAGGAGAAUGCCUUUCCUGCUGAUAUCAACCUGAUAUAAUAUCCCUGGUUUAGCAGCUGGAUGAUUGUGAUCCCGAUGAAUAGGAGGUGAAGGAGGAGGACAGUUAGGUUUCUUGGAUGUCUGCAAAUCUGUAAAAAAACAAGCAGUAUGCAACUCUGUAAUCAAACAGACCUAUCUAUCUUUAAGUACCAGCCAACUUUGUGCUUGUUACUUCAUUAGAUGUUCUAUUAUACUCAAGAUAUGACUUUUUAUUUGUGCCAUUUAUGUUUUGUCGAGUUAAGUUUGCUAACCUCACACUGCCUUAAAAAAAAUAUGAAUCGCCUUUAACUUUUUCCAACAAUAUGACUUUGGAACAACAGAUUUCAGUGUAUUUUGAUGGGAUUUUAUGUAUUAGAUGAACACAAAAUGGUGAACAUUUAAAUUCAAUUCAGUUUAUUUCUAUAGCGCCAAUUCACAACACGUCAUCUCAAGGCACUUUACAGUUCACCAAAGUUUCUAUAUAAAGAAAACCAGCUG